GCGCUCACACCGCUUAGGCCUCCAGUACACACUGAAUCGCCGCUGAGGCGCGAAGUAUCGUCGCGAGUGUAACACACGGGCGCACGUUGUCAAGCUGGUUCUGUUCCCGAGAGCUGAAUACCUGAGUGAGCAGUGUAUCGCAGCGUGCAGGACAUCUGGUUCUACGAGACGGUUGGUGUCGGAGUGCGCGGCGGUGGUGCCGGGUGUGAUGCGCAGUCACCGCGGCUGCUAGCGGCGACGGGAUGGGGUCGCGCGGGGGCGCGGGGGGCGGGGGCGGGGGCACGGCCCGCUCGCGGGGUGAGGCGCAGCGCGCGCUCGACGAGUUCGAGGAGCUGGCGGGGCUGCGCGGGGGCGGCGAGGGGGGCGGCGGGGGAGGCGGCGGCGGGGGAGGGGAGGAGCGCAGCACCUACGUGCUGGAGCACCUCGCCACGUUCACGGUGACGCGCGAGACCGGCAUCGUGUACCCCGCGGACGGCAUGCGCCGCCUGCUGCAGCUCGAGAAGACUAACGGAAUAUGGAGCCAAAAGAUGCAACUAUGUCUGGAGGGCCAGUGGGUGCUGGUCAUGGACUACGAGACAGGGUCUAUAAUGGAGCGGUUCCCGGCGUCGUGGGUGCACUCGCCGACGGCGUUCACGUCGCCGGAGCCGGCGGAGCUGUACAACAACGUGCUGGCCUUCGUGGUGGGCGCGGCGGGCGAGGGCGGGGGCGCGCCGCCCGGGGGCGCGCAGGCCGGGGGCGCCGCGCCCCGACGCGAGCUGCACAUCUUCCAGUGCCACGACGUCAGCGCCCAAGUACUGGUCGAGGAACUCAAUGCGCUCAAGGGCGUGAGCGGCGCGGGCGCAGGCGAGGGGCGCGCUGACUUCAUCAUAGAGCGAGAGCGCGAGCGGGAGCGGGACAGCGAUGCCGAGCGGCCGCGCAGACAGCAAAUGUCAGCACAGCUGGGGCGCAUCGACCGCAGCGAGCGAGCGGAGCGCGGCGAGCGCGGCGGCUCCGGCGGCGAGCGGGACGACGCGUCCUCCACGGGCUCGGAGCGGCUGUACGAGCAGGACAUCGCCAUCCUCAACCGCUGCUUCGACGACAUCGAGAAGUUCAUCGCGCGGCUACAGCACGCGGCGGCGGCGCAGCGCGAGCUGGAGCGGCGGCGGCGCUCGCGCGGGGGGCGGCGCGCGGGCGGCGGCGCGGCCGGCGAGGGCAUGCUGGCGCUGCGCACGCGCCCGCCGCCCGAGCGGGACUUCGUGGACGUGCUGCAGAAGUUCAAGCUGUCCUUCAACCUGCUGGCGCGGCUGCGCGCGCACAUCCACGACCCCAACGCGCCCGAGCUGGUGCACUUCCUGUUCACGCCGCUGGCGCUGAUCGUGGACGCGGCGCAGGACGCGGCGGACGGGCGCCUGCCCGCGCGCGUCGUGCAGCCGCUGCUCACGCGGGACGCGCUCAACCUGCUCGCCAACUGCGUCACCAGCAAGGAGACCGAGCUGUGGCACUCGCUCGGGGACGCCUGGCUCGUGCCCCGGGAGCAGUGGAAGACUACCAUCCCGCCGUACCAGCCGGUGUUCAUGGACGGCUGGAGCCCUGACUACCAGGUGGACGACCAGCCGCUGCGCAGCGAGGUAGCGUCCCCGCGCGGGCGCUCGCCCCCGCGGCGUAGCUCGGCGGCGCGGCCCGAGCCCCCGCCGGACCCCGCCGGCUACGAGCGCUACGAGCGCGACGAGACCGACCUCUACGCCGAGCAGUACGCCCCCUACCCCAGCAGCAGGAACAUGCGCGGCAUGGGGCGCGAGGACUCGGGCUCGGCGGCAUCCUCCCCGGACCGCGAGCAGGCGUACCGAGCAGACCGGGACGACGACGACCUGGGCGAGGCGUGGGCACGCGGCGUGAUGGCGCGCGGCGGGCGCGUCGUGCGCGUCACCUACCCGCGCACCGCCAACAACGACAAGGAGCUCACCGUGGUGCGCGGCGAGUACCUCGAGGUGCUGGACGACUCGCGCAAGUGGUGGAAGGCGCGCAACCGGCGCGGCGUGACGGCGCACGUGCCGCACACCAUCGUGGCGCCGGCGCUGUCGCCGCCCGCCUCGCCGCAUCUCUACCCCAACCCCAUCUACACGCACUACCAGGAGGGCGCGGCGGGAGGCGCCGGCGGUCGCGGCUCGGGUGGCAGCAGUCCUGUGGGCGCGGCGGAGCGAGCCGCGGUCCCGCCCCCACCCCCGCCGCCGCCGCCACCCCCUCCCGCGCCCCUCACACCGCCCGCGCCGCGCACCGACACCAUGAAGUCGAUAAAAUCGGUGGCGAGCACGAGCGGUGACCUCCAAGAGGAGCUGAAGAUGGUGCUGCCGGCCAUCCAGCAGCGCAAGAACAAGCUCGACCUUAAGAAGACGCCUGAUGUCUUCAUAGACCAGAAGUCGAACCCGGACGAGGUGGCGGAGUGGCUGGAGGCGAAGGGCUUCAGCGCGGGCACGCGGCGCGCGCUGCGCAUGGCGGGCCACCAGCUGUUCGGGCUCACGCGCGCGCAGCUGGAGCAGGCGCUGGGCGCCGACGAGGGCCGCCGCCUCUACAGCCAGAUCCUCGUGCAGCGGAACGUCUCCGGGUACAAGACUACUUCAGCGUCCGAGCUGCAGAGCAUCCUGCGCAAGGCGCGCGAGAAGGUCGAGGUCUCGUGAUCGAGACACACGCACACACGCGGACACACGCACACGGUGACAGCGACGACGACGCCACCUACUGCUGACAUACACACAAGUUUCGUGUGUCGAUCAACGAUCGUCGGGAGAGGAAA